CUACAGUGUCUCAUUAAGAGGUCAUGCAGACUGCGGGCUGCACCAGGCAGACUUGUUUGCUACACAUUCAGGUACAGCUAAGCCAUGGGGGAUUCUGACAAAUGGUAUAUAUUGUCUGAGGAGCAGAAACCAAGCAAGGUUGUAGAGAGUUGAGAAGAUAAAUCCAACGACUUUCUGCUCACAGAAGUUGUUGUUCAAUGUCACCCCCUCUGAUUCCAAGUGUUACUGUCUGUAUUCCAAAACAGCGGAAAUCCACUUUAACACAGGUUCUAAAUGAUCAAAUCCAGAUGGGGUGCAAUUGUUGUCGAAUGCUACAAAGUUCUACAAUCCAUUCUGAUGAACCACAUUCAAAUGGAUAUGAUGGAUAUAUUAAUGAAGGACAUAGUUACACACAGAGUGAAUAUGAAGACUAUAAGUCACAAACUGUCAAUGAACUUAAUAGUAAAAACCUGAAGAAAAUAGAUCAUGAAAUAUUCACUCACUCUCAAGAUGAGACCAUUAUAAGUGAAAAGAAGAAUGAGACUCCAUCCAAAGCACUAACUACGGAUUCUUCCCCUUACCCUAAUUUGAAGUUCAACACAAAUGUAGAAGUCAAGAAUUACUCUAGUGAGACAGAUAAUCCAUAUAUUGAUAAUUCAUCACAAUCUCUAAGUUCUGCUACCGAAAAUGUUUUUAAUGAAGAGCCUGGUCUAAAACUGACCUCAGAGGAACUGGAGUGUCUUAAAAAGGAAAAGAAUUGUCUGACUGAGAAGACAAUGCUAAAAAGGCAAAAUGAAACCUAUGAUUCCAUAAAUAACUCUGACAUUUCCAUUGUUCAUACUGACAAUCAACAACAGGUGGAAAAAGCUAAUGGACUUCUUCCAGGAGGACUUAGCAAUCAUAGACUUGACUCCUUAAUCACUAGCGCGGAUGCUUGUGUAACGAGAAAUGAAUCUCUAGUGGCCCGUAUAAUUCUUAGGAAUUCAUCUCGGGACAGAAAGAGACAGUCCCGAAAUAAGCAUCUUAUUGCAGAUGGACAUGCAGAAGACGAUAUUGAUGCAGAUGUGGCUGAAGCGUUGGCAGCUCUUGCAGCUGCAAUAGCCGGUGAAGAUUUUGAAGAUAAUUUAGCGUAACGUUAAAAUGAAAACAUUUACAAUAAAGUCACAUUCAGGUUUCAGACUUAUUUCAGGAGAAAUAUAUAUUAAGGAAUGUUUUAAUAUUAUGCUUGAAGACUAUUCACAUUUUAUAUUCAUUUUAAAAGUGAAGAAUUUUUUAAUUCUUUUUACUUUGGGAAUUUACUUUGUAGAUGUUUUUUUUCUACAGAAUUAUUUGAUUUAAUAUUAUAUAAACAGAUGUUAGCGAAAUAAUAGGAUUUGCUUAGAUGAAAUAUUUCAUAAAAUCUACCACUGGCUGGUAGACAGUGAGGCAGUGCUCGUUUUUAAUCGAUUUUUAAAUUAUUGUCCUAUUAUAAUUUAAAAUUUGAUGCAACUUGCUGUUUUUAAUCAGUUAUUAAAAGUUUCACUUUCAAUUUAUAUAUUAUGUCAAAACCAUCCAAUUUGUGUUUUUAAGGAGACAAAUACACAGAUUCUGUUUCAAUGAUACAUGUAUGAUUCUUCUUUACCUUGUUUCCAUGACAUCCAAUCAUGUUCCAUUCAUUUAAAACAUUAGAAAAUAUUAUGAGAUAUUCACAGCAUCAAAGAUCAAGUCAAUUACAACCACAUCAUUAUAUACAGAAUAUGAAUAAGUUCUCUGACCAGUUCUUAGUUCAUCAAUGCAGGAUAGUGCGUGAGCAUUUUUGUGGCCGCAUUAAUCGAUUAUUGAAGAAUACCUUUUUUAAGUAUGGGAAUUUGUGCAAAUCUUCUAUAUUUUUAUUAUUAAAGUGGUUGGUUUAAAGGAAUAGUCUAGUCAAAAUUAAAAACUUUAAUGAUUAAGAUAGAGAAGGCAAUUUUAAGCAACUUUCUUAUUUACUCCUAUUAUCAAUUUUUCUUCAUUAUCUUGGUAUCUUUAUUUGAAAAAUAAAAAAUGUAAGCAUAGGAGCCAGCCCAAUUUGGUUCAGCACCUGGGUAGCACUUUAUGAUUAGUGUCUAAAUGUAGCCACCAAUCGGCAAGCAAUACCCAGGUGCUGAACAAAAAAUGGGCCGGCUCCUAUGCUUACAUUCAAUUAAAGAUACCAAGAGAAUGAAUACCAAGUGAAUUGCCAAUACACUGAUACAACACAAUGGGCCAGAUUAUAAGUGGCACGCAAAAAAAAAUUUCACUUGUGCACAAACACUGCUCAAAGUAAGCGUUUAACGCAGACGGGUUAGUGCACGUAAUACAAGUUGAAAGUAAAUUGCUCACAAACAAAAUCCGAUGUGUGCUAACUUCAGGGCUUCGGAUAUCACAACCACGUUAACUUAUUCUUUCCAUAGACUUCAAUGGAGCAUGCACACUAACCCAACCCUGCAUUAGACCUACAGAGUUAAACCUGAAGGUAGUUAUGAAUAUUUUAAAUUUCAAUGUUCUUUACAAAAUGUUCUUUUUAUUUUUAAAUAUAUAUUUCUUUAUAUAAGAUUACUAUUUGUAAAAUAUAUAUCUAAAAAAUUAUUUUUCAACUUUUAAGGUAUUGGUGUGGAAAGGGCUCCAAAGUGUAUAUACUGUAUAUGUGUAUUUAUGUAUAUACAUGUGUUUAUAUGUGUUUAUAUACAUAUUAAAACACAUAAAUACACACACAUAUAUAUAUAUAUAUAUAUAUAUAUACACCCAUACACUUAUUUAGACAUUUAUAUAAGUAUAUAUAUAUAUAUUUAUAUUGACCCUUAUAAAAAUGUUUUUAUUAAUAUUUAUAUGAAUAUUUUACAAGAAACUGCAUAUAUGAGUUUAACGCUUUAUUUGAAUGCAUUUUUUUACCCCUUACACUUUAAGCUAGGUCUUUAGUUGCACUAACCUGACAAGGGCAAAUUCUGUUUGAACUCAAGCACAUCUUUUCACUUUGAACUGGUAAUACCCAAGUUAACGUGCUCAUGAAAUUUCUUAUCACUGACCCGUACUAACCUUAACGCGCCACUUGCAAUCUAGCCCAAUAUGGUUUAAUUAUUCAUAAAUUAAUCACUGAAAAUGAAACAGCAUUGUAAUUUAUAUUUAUUACUUAUCCUGCAUACUUUUGGAAUAAAAUACAUGGCAUUUGCUAAAAAAA